UUCUCACUAAGCUAAAGCCUAAAGGGGGGAAUUUGCCAAAAAGAUACAUGCUUUUUGCAUGGAGGCAGCUAAAGCUACAUCAUCUAUGAUGAUGGUGAUCGCCCCACCAGAUUCUCCCUUUAAUCUCUCUCUCUCUCUCUGUGUUAAAAUCAAGUCUCUCGUGAUUCUGCCAUCUGGGUCUUCUCUGAAAUCCAUGGCUUCCGUACCCCAUCGAUUGACAUGAGCACCCAGGAUCCUUGGCAAAGUGAUGCGCUAGGAAACAUUUCAAUCUACGCAUGGUGAGGCAUUAAGAAAAUUUUGAAAACUAUAAUUGAGAAUAUAUUGUUAGAAUUGAGGAGUAACCUUAUGUUCUGAUUACUUUCUAGAGUGGGAAUUCCAGAAACAUAGCCGUAUCAGGAUUCAUGGGGGCCGCAAACUCUAGAAUAGAAGAAGAUAAGGCUUCAGUGCUUUGCCGGGAGAGAAAGAAGCUUGUUAAAGAAGCACUUGAUGGCAGGUGCUUGUUAGCAGCCACUCAUGUUGCAUAUAUAGAGUCACUGAAAAUUGUGGGAACUGCUUUAUGGAGAUAUGUUGGACCUGAAGCUCCAGUUGAAUCUUCCUUGCUCACUUCUACUAGUGCAACUCCAGAUCCACUUACGCUAAAUGACAAGUCCUUUUCCCAGUUCUCAUAUUCUCCCCCGUCCAUGUCACAGCAUGUGGAUGCAACUGGAAACCUUUCGCCAUCACCUUCUCCACCCACCUCUAGCCGUUAUCAGGAAAAUCAUAUGAAAUUCGGAGGUUCUUUUUCCAGAAAAAUUGAAACAAAACUCUCUGUACCUGUUACAGGUUGCAUUCUUUCUUCAAGUACCCCACAGAGCGACACAUUGUACUCGACUGGAGGACCUGAAGCAUCACCCUCUGGAACUCCUUCACUCAAACCUGAAACUCCACAGUGGGACUACUUUGGUCUUUCCCAUCCAAUUGACGAUCACUUUUCUUCACAGGAAGGGAGGGGAUUAAACCAAGGGUUCAGGAAUGGUGAUAACACAAGACUGUUUAUGGAAAAGGAUGGGUUUCCUGAGCAGGAAGAAGGAGAAGAGACAAUUUCUUCUCCUGGAAUGGAGAAGUCUCAGGAAUCGGAAGAUGAAUUUGAUGAGCCACCUACUGAUAUGCUGGUACGAACUUUUGUAAAUGUUAAUAGGGAUCCAGGCCAUGGUGGUACUAGUGAACUUCCAUCUGCAGAAAGAGUAAAUUCAGCAAGCAUGCUUUUGAAUGGGGGCAAAAGAAACUCUCCUGAUUUGUCACCAUCAAGACCCACGUCUUCCGGAGUUGCAAUUCUCAAUGAUAAGAAAAGAGGGAUGGCUAACCGGGAUGCCCAAGAAAAUAGGGAUACUUCUAAGGACUUUUUUUCAAGCAUGAGAGAAAUUGAACAUCUAUUUAUGAAAGCCUCGGAGUCUGGACAAGAAGUUCCACGGAUGCUUGAAGCAAAUAAGUUCCAUUAUCGUCCAAUUUUUCCUGGAAAAGAACGUGGAUCGAUGACUUCAACAUUAUUGAAAAAUUGUUUCUCUUGUGGGGAAGAUCUCAACCAAGUUCAGGAAGAGCCUGCUGAAGCUUCUGUAAAGUACUUAACUUGGCAUCGGACAUUGUCAUCCCGUUCCUCUUCAUCCAGAAAUCCUCCUGGCUCAAGAGAUGACAUGGAGGAGUUCACAAGUAAUCUCUUUGUUGACUUCUGUAUGAUCUCUGGAAGUCAUGCCUCUACCUUGGACAGACUAUAUGCCUGGGAGAAGAAGCUUUAUGAUGAAGUCAAGGCAAGCGAGCAGGUCAGGAGGGAGUAUGAUCGGAAGUGUAAACUUCUUAGGCAGCUAGAAUCUAAUGUAGAAAGGUCCAACAAGAUUGAUAAAACUCGAGCUGUUGUGAAGGACCUGCACUCAAGAAUCAGAGUUGCAAUUCACAGAAUUGAUUCAAUAUCAAAGAAAAUUGAAGAAUUAAGAGACCAAGAGCUGCAGCCACAACUUGAGGAGUUGAUUGAAGGGUUAAGGCGGAUGUGGGUAUUGAUGUUUCAAUGUCAUCGGCAUCAGUUCAACAUUAUAUCAGCUGUUUAUGACAAUGCCAACUUCAAAAUCUCUUCACCGUCAGAAGCAGGCAGAUUGGUGACCAUCCAUCUUGAAAGUGAACUGAACUCUCUAUCUUCAAGUUUUACAAAGUGGAUUGGUGCUCAGAAAAUAUAUUUGAAAGCCAUAAAUGAUUGGCUAUUCAAAUGUGUUUCUCUUGCUCAGAAAUCUUCCAAGAGGAAACGGAAGAUGCAACCUCCACCAUUACGAAAGUUUGGCCCGCCCAUUUAUGUCACAUGUGGUGUUUGGCUGGACGCACUUGGUACCCUUCCCACCAAGGAAGUUGCAGAUUCUACAAAGUUCUUGGCAUCAGAAAUCACCCGUCAUUUACCUCGUCAAGAGAAGAACGAAGGGAAGGGUAUGCAUCCUCAUUCAACAUCCGGGCAGGCAGGCAGCAACCCUGACAUAGCCAUCAAUUUAUUGAGUGACGACACCUCUGAGGAUCAUACAGCUGGUAAUGAACGUUUCAAGUCAGCCUUAGUCAAUUUUAUUGGUCACUUGAAUAUCUUUUCUGAGUCUUCAGUGAAGAUGUUUACUGAUCUCCAAAAGGCUAUUCAAGAAGCCAAGAUUAGUUAUGAUCAGUUGAAGUCCCAACAGGGAAUACCCUUAACAAAACAAGAAAAAUAAAGAAAUUGCAUGUAGAGAAUCAGCAAACACCACAGACAAUUGUGGGAUACCGAAUGAUUUUGGUACAAGGCGAGAGAAUAAUUUCUGGCAUUUGUGGAUGGGGAACAAAUAAAUGACUUCCUUGGGGGUUAAUUGCAUGUUUUACUUGGGCUGGAAUAAAAAGGGCUGGUUAAUUCUAUUGUUACUUGAAUGGGGAAGUUGUAAAAGGGGUGGCUUUUUGGCUCAAAUCUGUCAUCAUUUGGCUAUUGCAUUGUUAAGAGCUGUCAGUGACAUGUUAGGCACUGUAUAGUUCAUCCAAACAUGAGGAGCUAAGGUGCAACUUCACCCCCUCAUUUAUUCUUAUAUAUUCCAUUUCAAUAAUAUCUCUGUGUUCCCUUA